CAAACACAAACACAAAACACAAAACACAGCCUCAAAAAUCUCAGAUAGAGAGAGAAAGAAAGAAAGAAAGAAGAGUCUCUCCAGAAGUCAGAACCUUCUCUGAAAAGAUUCCCUGCUGUUUCUUCCACCUUAAGCACUUACAGAUCUCUACCUAGGGACUUGGAUCCGUGAAUCUUUGUUGUUUUCAAGUGGGCAUUUGGGAUUGUAUCUGGGUUUGACGUUUUGGGAAAGUUCUGUCACUGGUCGAACAAGAAUAAAUGGGAGGAGUAUAAUUAAGAGGAACUCUGAUAUAUGCAGCCGAUGAUCAAUUAAUUUUCCAGUAAUGUCGAGGAUUUCAAAGUGGAAGCUUGAGAAGACAAAAGUAAAAGUGGUCUUCCGGCUACAAUUCCACGCUACACAUAUUCCACAAACUGGAUGGGAUAAGCUGUUUAUAUCUUUCAUACCUGCUGAUUCUGGAAAGGCCACAGCAAAGACAACCAAAUCAAAUGUGAGAAAUGGGACAUGCAAAUGGGCAGAUCCUAUUUACGAAACUACCAGACUUCUUCAAGACAUCAAAACAAAACAAUAUGAUGAGAAACUCUAUAAACUUGUAGUGGCAAUGGGUUCUUCACGUUCCAGCAUCCUUGGUGAGGCUGACAUCAACCUUGCUGAUUAUGCUGAUGCCUUAAAGCCUUCUGAUGUUGCACUGUCUCUUAACGGAUGUGACUCUGGAGCUACCUUACAUGUCACUGUACAGCUGCUAACUUCUAAAACUGGCUUCAGAGAGUUUGAGCAACAGAGGGAACAGAGAGAGAGGGGUCUGGAGACAACUUCUGACCAAAAUAGUCAUUAUGAAUCUGCUGGUAGAAAAGUAUCGUCUUCUGCAGAGACUCUCAACGAUCAGAUGGAUAAGAUUAAUGCAAGAGUUAGAUUUAAAAAAGAACCUAAAGAUCUCCCUUCACUUGAAGAAGAGGUGGGGCUGAAUGAAGAGUACGCGGACUCAGCUGUUGGGUUUGAUGGCUCAUCCAAUACUUCAGAAAGUUUAUAUGCUGAGAAGCAUGAGGUGUCCAGCAUACACGAGAUUGACAGCCUUAAGAGUACAAUUUCAGGUGAUCUAGGUGGACUCUCCUUAAGUCAAAGUCCUCAGCCAGAGAAAGGGGAUCAUUCUGAUAAUAGGUUUUUGGCUCAAGGGACUAGUGACUGGGUUCAUGGCUGGAGUUCUGACUAUUCUGCAGAUAAUGACUUGGCAAUUGCUUACGAAGAGAAUAGUAGACUGAGAGCGAGCUUGGAAGCAGCUGAGUCUUCUAUUCUUGAGCUUAAGCUGGAGGUAAGCUCUUUACAAAGUCAUGCUGAUGAAAUAGGUGUUGAAGCGCAAAACUUUUCCCAGCAACUUGCUGCUGAGAUUGCUUCAGGAGAAGAGCUGGCAAACGAAGUUUCUUUUCUACAUUCAGAGUGUUCAAAGUUCAAAGAUGAUCUUGAAAAGCUAAAAAAUUCCAAAUUAAACCCUCCAUAUACCGGCAGAGAAUCUAUUGAGACAGACCAGGGGCACUUAAUUCAGGAGAUACAGCUCAGAUGGUUAAAGGGGGUUUUGUUAGUGGAGGAUAAGAUAACAGAGCUUCAAACCAAGGCGUGCUUUGGAUUCCAGGAAGAAGACUUAAGAUUCCUGCAUUCAGACUUAGAGGCAUUGCUUGGUAUACUGCGGGAUCUAAAACAAGGAAAUGUACAGACAAUUUCAGGGCUCAAUUUGACAAGUGUAAAGGAGAUCAAAGAAAUGAAUUUACAUAGAAGUGAGCUAGUUGUACCAAGAACUGGGUUUGAUGCAGAUUUGUAUGAACCAGAAGGCUUGCUUCAUUGUCUUAAAAUUCCUAGCCUGGUGUCUCACGAAUCUGAUUCUGUUGAUACAAAUGUAUUGAAGGGAAAAUUGUUUGAAGUUCUAAGGGAGUUAAAUGAGUCAAAAGCUGAACGGGAAAGCCUUGCUAGGAAAAUGGACCAGAUGGAGUGUUACUAUGAAGCUCUCGUUCAGGAACUUGAGGAAACUCAAAGACAGAUGAUGGGAGAGUUGCAAAGUCUUAGAAAUGAGCAUUCUACUUGCAUUUACACAAUUUCAUCCACUAAGGCGGAGAUGGACACGAUGCACCAUGACAUGAAUGAGAAGCUAAUAAGACUUGCAGAAGACAAGCAUGAUUUGGAGUCUCACAACAAGGAGCUUGAAAGAAGAGCUAUUACUGCAGAAGCAGCACUCAAGAGGGCACGCUUGAAUUAUUCCAUUGCUGUGAACCAGUUACAGAAGGACCUUGAACUACUUUCUUUCCAGGUUCUGUCUAUGUUUGAGACUAAUGAGAACCUUGUCAGGCAAGCUUUUGCAGAUUCUCCGGAACCAAUCUUUCAAGGGAGCCCAGAGAUGGUGCAGAACCGGAAAUUGGGCUCGGAGGAGUUUGUUUCUGCCAAACUCUUGCAUUGUCAGCAUAACCAUACAGGGGUAAAGAAACAGAACGUGGGUGGAGAUGCUCUUUUAGAGGACUUGAAAAGAUCACUUUGCUUGCAGGAAGGGCUUUAUCCAAAGUUUGAAGAAGAAGUCUGUGAAAUGCAUUUGGUGAAUGUAUACUUGGAUGUUUUUUCAAAAUCGUUACAGGAGAGUUUGGUUGAGGUAAGUUCUGAAUUUAGACUCAUGAACGAGAGAAUGGAAGAACUUACCCAGCAGCUGGAGCUUUCAACUGAGUCCAAGGAGUUAUUGAUGUUUAGGCUGCAGGCUGCUAUGGAUGAUGUUCAUUCCCUUAAUGAUUACAAGGCCACUUGCAUUGCGAAAUGCAAUGAUUUGGCACUGCACAACCAAAUUUUAGAAUCAACUUUACAAAAUGUUACCCAUGAAAAUCAUCUUCUCAAUCAGAAGAUUACUGAAUGGGAAGCCUUGAUGACAGAAUACAGAAGUUAUGAGAAAAAGUAUGAGGUGUGCGCUGCAGAAAAAUUGGUGUUGGAAAAUUUGUUAAACAAAAAAACCCAAGAAAAUGGAAAUCUCCAAAAUGACAUUUCUGUUUUUCAGGAAGAAUUGAAAGAAGUCAGAUUUGAAUUUAAUGAGCUGACUUCUGAGAAGGAGAAUCAACAGAAUACUAUCAACUUUCUGCAAGAGAAGUUGUGGAAUCUGAUGGCAUCCUAUGACAAAAAGUACGGUGGAAUGUCUCUCUGGAGUGAAUCUUUCUGUCAGGAUUUGGAGUCAAAGGACUUAACAGGUGUUGUGCUGCAAUUGGAAGAGUUUCAUCAUAAUGCACUCAAAAGGAUUCUCCAACUCAUGGAAGAGAAUAAAGGUCUACUGAAUGAAAGAGAUUUGGUUCAAGUGUCCUUAAGAACAGCAGAAUCAGAUAAUUUGAUCAUGAAACAGAAGUUUGAACAUGAUAUACGGGCUGCAGUGGAUAAAUUGGAUGUGUCGAACUCCCUUCUGCAAAAGUUUCAAUUAGAAAUUGAGGCUACUGCUAACAGACUCAAGGUUAGCUCUGAAGCUGAUGAAAGAUAUGCACGGCAGCACACAGAACUUUUAUCUGAUCUAGAUCAUAUGGAAGCAGAGCUGCAGAAACUUACUUCUAAAAACAAGGAUCUUGCUCAAGAAAUCUUGGCUUUAGAGACUGUAACUGACGACCUUGGAAGGUGUAAGUUGAGCAUAGCAGCAUUACAGGAAGAAAAAGAUACUUUGAUAGUUUCUUUACAGGGUAAAAAUGAGGAAUCUGCCAAACUUGCAUUAGAGCUUAGUAAUUUGAAAGGAAGUUGGCAAUCUCUGCAUGAUGAGUUGCAUAUUGAGAGAAGUUCCAGGGAUAAAUUAGAGAGUACAGUCUUUGAACUUAAUUCCCAAUUAGAUGAAAAGCAAUGCCAAUUGAUAGAUUUUGAUCAGCAGAAAGCUGAGCUGGUUUGUCUCAAGCAAAUGGUGUCAGAUCUAGAAUUUGAAAAAAGAAGAGUAGGCCAUCUUUUGUUGAAAACAGAGGAAUGCCUUAAAAACGUUCAGGAAGAAUGCUCUUCUCUGGAAAAUCAGCUGUCUGAAAUGCAUGAAUUUUCGAUAGAUGUAGCUGUUAGAGACAUUUUCACAAAAACUCAGUAUGAAGCCUGGAUAGAAGAUCUACUCCAGCAACUUGCUGAGCUUCACAAGAAGCAUCUUAAUGAUGAGGCGGUACAUGAUCGUUGUCUUGCAAGUGAAGCCCAUUACAAUGAAGAGAAUGCUAGAUUGUUGACGAGCCUUGACUCCUUAAAGUCUGAGCUAGGAGCCUCUAUUGCUGAGAACAGGGUACUACUUGAUAAAAUCAGCGUCAUAACUUAUAAGCUUGAGGAAUACAAGAAUAGGGCUGAAAAUGUGGAGGCCACUUUGAAAGGGGAGAAAGGUCGGCAUGCUCUUGAGGUUGAAAGUCUGGAGCAGAAGUUAGUGAGUUCUGAAGAAAAGGUUGAUAACCUGAUGUUUGCCAAGGAGGAACUAGAAGUCAAAUACAAAGAAGAGAAUGCUAGAUUGUUGACAAGCCUUGACUCGUUAAAGUCUGAGCUAGAAGCCUCUACUGCUGAGAACAGGGUACUACUUGAUAAAAUCAGUGUCAUAACAUAUGAGCUUGAGGAAGACAAGAAUAGGGCUGAAAAUGUGGAGGCCACUUUGAAAGGGGAGAAAGGUCAGCAUGCUCUUGAGGUUGAAAGUCUGGAGCAGAAGUUAGUGAAUUCUGAAGAAAAGGUUGAUAACCUGAUGUUUGCCAAGGAGGAACUAGAAGUCAAAUACAAAGAAGAGAAUGCUAGAUUGUUGACAAGCCUUGACUCGUUAAAGUCUGAGCUAGAAGCCUCUACUGCUGAGAACAGGGUACUACUUGAUAAAAUCAGUGUCAUAACAUAUGAGCUUGAGGAAGAAAAGAAUAGGGCUGAAAAUGCGGAGGCCACUUUGAAAGGGGAGAAAGGUCAGCAUGCUCUUGAGGUUGAAAGUCUGGAGCAGAAGUUAGUGAAUUCUGAAGAAAAGGUUGAUAACCUGAUGUUUGCCAAGGAGGAACUAGAAGUCAAAUACAAAGAAGAGAAUGCUAGAUUGUUGACAAGCCUUGACUCGUUAAAGUCUGAGCUAGAAGCCUCUACUGCUGAGAACAGGGUACUACUUGAUAAAAUCAGCGUCAUAACUUAUGAGCUUGAGGAAUACAAGAACAGGGCUGAAAAUGUGGAGGCCACUUUGAAAGGGGAGAAAGGUCAGCAUGCUCUUGAGGUUGAAAGUCUGGAGCAGAAGUUCGUGAAUUCUGAAGAAAAGGUUGAUAACCUGAUGUUCGCCAAGGAGGAACUAGAAGUCAAAUACAAAGAAGAGAAUGCUAGAUUGUUGACAAGCCUUGACUCCUUAAAGUCUGAGCUAGAAGCUUCUACUGCUGAGAACAGGGUACUUCUUGAUAAAAUCAGUGUUAUAACUUAUGAGCUUGAGGAAUACAAGAUUAGGGCUGAAAAUGUGGAGGCCACGUUGAAAGGGGAGAAAGGUUGGCAUGCUCUUGAGGUUGAAAGACUGGAGCACAAGUUAGUGGAUUCUGAAGAAAAGGUUGAUAACCUGAUGUUCUCCAAGGAGGAACUAGAAGUCAAAUCUAUUUUACUUAAGGCCAAGGUAGAUGAACAGCAUGCUCAUAUAACCUUGCUGGAAGGAUAUAAUGAUGAACUGAUAAUGCUGCAGAAGAAAUGUAGUGAGCUUAGCCAGAGGCUUGCUGAACAGGUUUUGAGGACAGAAGAGUUUAAGAACUUGUCCAUCCAUUUGAAAGAGCUUAAAGACAAGGCUGAUGCUGAGUGUCUCCAGGUUCGUGAGAAAAGAGAACCUGAAGGACCACCAGUUGGUAUGCAAGAGUCAUUGAGAAUUGCAUUUAUCAAAGAACAGUAUGAGACCAAGCUGCAAGAAUUGAAACACCACCUUUCUAUCUCCAAAAAACAUAGUGAUGAAAUGCUGUGGAAAUUACAAGACGCAAUCAAUGAAGUUGAGAAUAAGAAGAAAUCUGAGGCUUCUCACUUAAAAAGAAAUGAAGAGCUGGGAUUAAGGAUCUUGGAAUUGGAAGCUGAGUUGCAGUCUGCACUUUCUGAAAAGCGUGAACUAAUGAAUGCCUGUGACCUGAUGAAGGCUGAAAAGGAGUGCUCAUUUAUAAGCCUUGAAUGCUGUAAGGAAGAAAAGCAAGAGCUUGAAGCGUUUUUGCAAAAAUGCAAUGAUGAAAAAUCUAAAAUUGCAGAAGAGCUUACCUUGAUGAAAGAUUUACUAGAAAGUUCUGCAUCCCAUAUUAAUGUUCAGAAGGAAGGCUCUGGUGGAUUACUCAAUGUGGAUUGCACGCCUGAUGAGCCAGUUGGAAAGCUUCACCAGAAAAAUUCGAUUUUGGGCAUUCCAAACAAUGGAAGAAUAAGUAUAGAUGUGGCUCCCAGGAAUAGUCCAACUGAGGAACCGUUUUGUAAGCUCUCAGACAAAGAUAAUUCAAUGAAUUGUGAGGAAGCAGAAUAUGCAUGUACAAUUCCAGCUAAUGAAACUGACCUCAUGAAUGUGCACCCGAUGCAGGAUAUUCUUCUAUCUGGGGGUGGAAAUUGUAUUCAAAGUCUUGCACUUGUAAAUCAAGAAGACUUGCUGCAUCCUGACACAAAUCAUUUGGCUCUUACCAAUGAUCACUUUAAAGCUCAGAAUCUGAAGAAUAGCAUGGACCACUUGAAUAAGGAGUUGGAAAGAAUGAAACAUGAGAAUACAAUUUUUCCCCAAGAUGAUAAUGAUUUUUUGUCAAAAUUUCCAGGUUUACAAAGAGAACUAAUGCAAUUACGUAAGGCAAAUGAAGAGUUGGGAAGCAUAUACCCAUUAUACAAUGAAUUUUCAUCUGGUGGUAAUGCAUUGGAAAGAGUGCUUGCAUUAGAAAUUGAGCUUGCUGAAGCACUACAGGAAAAGAAGAAAUCAAGCAUCCAUUUUCAGAGCUCUUUCUUGAGACAACACAGCGAUGAGGAAGCAAUAUUCCAUAGCUUUAGAGCUAUCAAUGAGCUAAUAAAAGACAUGUUGGAGCUUAAGGAAAGGUACACAGGUGUAGAGACUGAGCUAAAAGAUAUGCAUGACCGUUACUCUCAAUUAAGCCUUCAAUUUGCUGAGGUUGAAGGAGAGAGACAGAAACUCAUGAUGACUCUUAAAAGUGUUAGGGCAUCCAAGAAGGCCCCACUCUUCAACCGCUCAUCAUCCGCCUCCCUUGGUGACGAUCCCUCAUAGCAACACAAGUGACUAUUGAUGUCUUCCUUGUUUGCAUGGUCCCAGAAACCAUCCUGUACCGAGCUAAGAAGUUAAUGCCCCCAUGGAUAGAUAGACAGUCAACAUUCAUGAACUCGGGAGCUACUGCAAUGGUCAACCAUUUACGAGCUUGGUAUAGGAUGUCAAAAGCUAAGUAGCAGGUACUUUGUGUAAAUAAUACUGUGUUUUCCAGCCAUUUCAUAGGUUACUUGCUAGUAUAAAAAAUAUAGAUCCCUGUAAACAUCUUGGCUUUGUUUUAAUUUUGGCCUUGCCUAGCUGCUGCAAUUUAUUCUGCUGUAUAGUAAAUCAAAAAGUUUUUGACUCAAAAUAAUUCUAUUUAAAUAUUCAGAAGAAUUACAAGGAA